CAAAAUUUGGGAUGGAGCAUAAUUAGAGGUCAGGCCAGGUUUUAUAGCAUGCCUUCCUUUUGCCACUGGCAUACCUAUUUUCUUCCACGUUGACUCGUCGUAUUUUAAAACAAUGAGAAUCACUUCUUCAAAGCUUCGUUGUGGUGCAAUAAUUUGCUGUGGCAGCUGUUUCAUAUUGUUGUGUAGAUCAGCUCUUUUUGAUGCAAAAGUAUGGACAUCGUGGAGCAUUCUCAAAGAAAGAUUUUCUGAGGGAAACUUAAAACAAACCCAGAUCUCCCACGCAGAGCUUCGAGAGAUAUUAAUGUUGAAAAGAGUUCGUCAUUUACAGUCAUCGUGCAAAAGGGCAGACAUCGGAGCAUAUAGAUUUAACUUUAAGCAGGUGUCUGAGAUAUUUUAUGUGGAUACAAAAUCCAAUUUAUCCUAUUGUAAAGUACCAAAAGCUGGAAGUUCGUUUAUGACCGACAUUUUUCUUGUCCUGAAUAACGACAGGCAUAACAUCACUAAAUACGCCGAUAAAAAUUCAGAAUUAGUUGAUCAAAUGUUUGAAUUAAGUCGGAGUCAAGUUCAUACGAUUGGAAAUAAAAAACUUCACACAACUUCGCUGAUUACUGACGAACAACAAUCAAAGACAAUGACUUUAAUAAUCUCAAGAGAUCCAUAUUCCAGACUCUUCUCGGCAUAUGUGGAUAAGUUUUACCUCCUUGGACAUGUCAAAUCUGCUCGCGAAAUCUCGCAGAGACGUUUAUCAUGUGGGUAUAAUGUGACCUUCCAGGAAUUUUUGGAUUACGUCAUUAGCAAAGCGUACGGUGGAUAUCAGAUCGACAGACAUUGGGCACCAGUUUAUUUACUGUGUCACGCGUGUGACGUCAGGUAUGACGUCGUGGCUACAACACAAACGUUGUCUGCUGAUGUGGAACAUAUAUUGGAUUAUAUUAAUGUGACAGACUCUACGAAGAACAAUUUGAUCAAAUUAACCCACAAUAAAUACGACAACAAAACCGUGAUCAGUCUAAUCGACACAUAUAUAAAACUCUGGGAAAAGAAUAAAAAGGUUUGUCCAGAAUUCAGGGAAUACCUGCCAAAGAUCUGGAAAUCGUUGCAAAUUCAGGGAAAAUUGAAAUCUGAAAUAUCUUUUCCUACACUGGAGUUCUCAAGACUUAUUAAAAAAGAAGCAAAUAUUAGUCACUUUACAAACGUAUUUCUUCACUAUGUGUCAAAAUACAAAGUGAGUUCCGAAGAAAGGACAUUUCAGAGAAGGAAAGCACUGGUAGACGCUUUCAGAACUGUGAAGAAGACCACAAUACGUAAAAUACAGGAGUUGUACAAAUUGGACUUUUUAUUGUUUGAGUACGACACGUCACCGCCUAAUACGAUAUGAGAGAGAGAGAGAGAGAGAGAGAGAGCUACAUGUAUAUUGGACAAGUACACUUGCAACAUACAGUGCAAUACAUGUAUGAAAUAAUUUAA